AUGUUGUCUCAACAGCAAACGGUGAUGGCUCCCCCCGGCGAGUUUGCAUAUAGGACGCCGAGGUUAUUACCCUUUGAAUUGGCGCAGCAUGCUGGUAUAUUCUUCGAGGAGAAGCUCUAUACACGAGCUUUAGAUCUCUUGUUCAACACACUCGCCUCGGGUACUUACGCUUCAAGUACGGCCAUUGUACCUCUUCCACAGCACCUUGCGCUGGCAGCAACGCUCCUCGUUCACCCAUCCACAACAACGCGCGCCAAAUCAAACGAAGAGAAAGAUGCACCGGAUGUUGCGCUACGGCUACUGCGACUCUACAGCGCCCAGAUCAAUCCGAUCGAGUCGAAAUAUAAAGUCGCCUUCAAUUUCACCCAUUCAAAUCAUUCCCGGUCGGGUCGACGAUACCACGAGGAGCAUGACAGCAGGAGUGAGAGCGAGCUCCGCCAUUCGGAGACGAGACCACUCAAUCUGACGUUGGGAACCACCGAGGCUUUAUGGGCUCGGGCAGAGGAUUUCUGGCACGCGGUCGGCUGGGCGUUUAAUUGCUCCGUGCUGUAUCCGGAACGAUGGGAAUACUGGCAGAUAUGGUUACGAUUCAUGUGCGAAGUCAUCGAGGAUGAUUGGGAUCAGCGCGAGAAGGAGUAUGAGGAGUCCAAAAACCAGCCACGUCCGGAAGUUGACCCUCCUACGCCGAAUGAGCCAGUCCGGAGGAGUGGGCGAGGAGCCCUGUCAAAUGUGUUGGAUGACUUGGACAUCUUUCGACAGAGUUUGAUCUUUCAAUACAUUUCUUCCGGAGCGCGAAACGGAAAUGCUCGCCGAAUGGUCCGGGCUCUCUUUGCAGACGGGAGCACUACGUCCUUGAAUGAAUUUCGACAAGUUUUCAACAAAGAGCUGGUCUCGGCCAAAUCAGGAGAAGACGCUAGCAAGACCAACAAGCGUGAGCGCGAAGUCGACGUUGAUCAAGAAUUAUAUGGUGACUACAUGACGGAGGACGAGUCCGAGGAUGAACCCAUGUCCGGAGUGAGUUCAUCUCUUUCUCGCGCCUCCCCGCCUAGGGAUGGAGAGUCCACGGUACGACGAUCUAAACGCACGAGACGGGGAACACGGGGUGCAUCAGGCAUGACUGCUCCAGAAGUCCCUGAACCCGAGACGUCCCAAGCCGGGAAAGGGAAUCAUCAUUCCGGCGUAGGGGUCGCUCAACUGGGCGGUCUUGACUCGCUAGGCUUGCGCAAAAAGCUUUUCGGCAUCUUGUCCAAAGUCUCUGAUCGACUAAACAAAGACUUUGUCGAUCUCCACAACCUCUAUCAAGACUUUGCUGAAAACGUGCGCCGUCAACCGCUCCCGAUCUUUCAAGCUUUUGUCAGCCCACUCGUCCUCUCGGAGCUCGAUGACGAAGCGCAAACCACUCUCUGUGAGGUCCUAACUCAUAACAUGAUCGAAAGCGCCGCACGCACGUCAGAGCAGGAUCGGCUCACAGACACGAAAUUAGAAGAAUGUUUCCUGCCCUUCACCGCUGCCACGGCAAAUGUCGUCGAUAAUGCCAAGUUCUCAAUCCUUCUCGAGUCCAUGACCAUGUCACUAGCCAUGAGGGGCUUCAUCAAACAAACACCUUCACUGAAGCAGGCGGUUCACGAGGGAAUUGCCCGGCGGGCGCAUCGGACGCAGGAAGACUCUCAUCGGGGUCAUGCUGGGAAGAACAGGGAUGCGCUUGACUGGUCCUUUUUGUUGGAGAGUGGGGAGAGACUUGUCUUCCUGGUCGAUCUUCUUCCUGAGCAGUAA